AUGAAAAAUAUUAGCUUCGUUUUCAUAAUUAUUUUUAUUUUAAGCACUGUCUAUGCUGAGGACAAAACUAAAUAACCUUGUGAUACAGAACUGCAAUAAUUGUAUUGCCCAUCAAAUUAAAAAUAAACUGAUUCUUAUUACAGUGAAUGCUAGGCAUUAAAAUUAUGUAUAAAUCAGGCUGCCUCAGAUACUUCUGCAGAUUUCUAAACCUAACUUUAAAAUAAAUGUAAUCCAAAAACAUAAAAUAGAUAAUUUAUUUUAUACUACAAUUAGUAUUUAAGUUGUACAUGGACUAACUCAUCAAAUAUAUUAAUAUCAUCAGCAAUUUUAUUAAUAUUAUCUAUCAUAUUUUGA